GUUUUAUCAACAGACAUGGAACCAGAUGUGCAGGAGAAGUAGCAGCCCAAGCAAACAAUAGCAUAUGCAGUGUGGGCGCGGCCUAUAACGCUGGUAUUGGAGGUGUGCGUAUGUUAGAUGGUGACGUGACCGAUGCCGUAGAGGCGCAGUCUCUGAGUCUCAAUCCUCAAAUAAUAGAUAUCUACAGUGCUUCCUGGGGACCAGACGAUGAUGGCCAGACUGUGGAUGGUCCGGGAAAGUUGGCCAAGAUUGCCUUCAGGAAUGGAACUGAAAAGGGACGGAACGGUCUUGGAUCUAUCUUCGUGUGGGCCUCAGGAAAUGGAGGGCGCUCUGACGAUAGCUGCGGUUGUGAUGGGUAUACCAAUUCAAUCUUCACCAUCUCAGUGAGCAGUGCUAGUGAGAGAGGAAAUGUUCCAUGGUAUUCAGAAAGCUGUGCCUCUACACUAGCAACUACCUAUAGCAGUGGCAGUGGUAAUGAAAAACAGGUGAUGACAACAGAUUUGAGGAAAAAGUGUACAGACAGUCACAGUGGAACCUCUGCCUCAGCUCCUCUUGCUGCUGGUAUAUGUGCCUUAGCUCUUGAAGCAAACCCUCAGUUGAAUUGGCGUGACCUUCAGCAUAUCAUAGUCAUGACAGCACGACCUGAUAAUAUACACACAACUGACUGGAGUGAGAAUGGAGUGGGUCGGAAGGUGAGCCAUGAUUAUGGGUACGGCCUGAUGGAUGCGGGUGCCAUGGUGAUGUUAGCUAAGAAUUGGACCCAUGUUCCUGACCAACGCCUAUGUACCGUCAGCUCCAUGAAUGGAAAUGGACAGAGAAUCACAGGACGUUCUGGAUUGGUAAUCCAUGCCCAGACCACAGGCUGUCAGGAGACUCCAGAUACCCACGUUCGCUUCCUGGAACAUGUGGUGUCUCGGAUCACCCUGGACUUCCCGACCCGAGGGGAUCUAACCAUAGCGUUGAUCUCACCGGCCGGCACCAGGUCCACACUGCUACCUCGUAGGCCCCAUGAUAGGAACAAGAAAGGAUUUAAAGGGUGGGAGUUCAUGACCACUCAUUCGUGGGGAGAGAACCCUCAAGGAGAAUGGACCUUGGAGAUCAAGAAUCAUGGUGUCAAUGAUCAAUCAGGAAUCCUACAUGACUGGACCCUGCUCCUGUAUGGUACGCAGCCACAUCCCGUCGAGACCCACGAAGGACCUACGCACUGUGUAGAAGGCCAGUACAUGGUGUCCAACACCACUAGUGAUGUUGUCGUCCACGAAUGCCAAGCCUGCCACAAUGCCUGCCUGACGUGCUAUGGAGCCGAUAACGGUCAGUGUGUCCAUUGCCCGGAGUACCUGGAGAAAGACGGUGGGUUCUGUUUGAUCGCCUCUGCCAGCUCCUCUCCAAUGUUCAAGACGAGCUCUUGGCUAGUCUUAGGUGGAUCCAUCACCGUUCUGUGUCUUGCAUUCUUUCUCUUAUUCUGCAUCAUCUUCGGUUCUCUCCAAGCUGCCGAUCACGGCUAUUGCGCGUGCAGCGGUAAGGACUGGAUUAGUAGCAGUGACAGCGAUGACUACAACUAUCGGCAGCUCAUGAAGUUAGAAGAGAAUGAAGACGAAGAGGAGACGCUACUGUCCGUUCAGAAGAACGGCAAACUGCCACCUUUAUGAAACCAAAAGUUUCAUGGAACAAUAUCUCUCCUUUUUGUAUAAUUUCAAGUCCCAUGCGAAAAUUGAAUUAAGAACUAUUUUCUUAUGCUUAUUACAUGCAGGAAUGUAAAAGUUAGUCAUUUCAUAUGAAUAUAUAUUUUGUUCUUCUUUCAUUUGAUGCUCACAUCUUCAUAUCUGAUUGGCCCUUCAAUUGUUUCAACUACCUGAAAACCUCAAACAAACAGAACAGAAUACCGCUUGAUAAUUUGUAAAUUAGCAUCAUUUAUUAGUCUGUUCACCCUGUGUCUUAACCACAAAAUAGGUGGAUAUAAUUUCUCCUGUUUUCCUAUUUAACUAAUCUUUCAUUAACAAUUUAUAUGGACUUAUCUACUCUUUAAUAACUGUGAUGUUUUCUUGUCAGUUCUUCGGAGACCUCAUGUCUCCAUGUUAUCAACUUCAGGCCUAUUGGAGGCAAACACAUCACCAGUUUAAAUGGCUGUUCAAAGCUAUUUAUAAUAGAUUUUGGCCAAUUCAUUUUCAGUGGGUUACGACAAUGCUCCUAUUGCUAUGCUAGGCAAGUACAUUUCAAACAUAACUGCGUAUCGUAACAAAUUGAACGUGAAUUCGACAUACUACAUGUAUGUUAUAAAGGGUUCUGAUUCUUCUCCAACUUUGGUGGCAGACUUUUGUGAACCGCUAUCAAAACCAGCAAUACGUAAUUGUCCCUUUGGCCUCUAUUCUGGUUUUGUUGAUUUCUCCUCAAACUGAUAUGAGCUACUUUCUUCAUAAAUCAUUGCACGUUCAAGCCCUUUGAUCAGUGCUUACCAGCAUUGUUAAUAAAAAAGCAGAAUUUAAUUUGAAUUUCAACUAUAGCAUAAGUAUGGAUUUCAACUGUGGUGUACGUAUCAAUUUACGACAUAGGUAGCAACCUCUUUUGCCUAGCAAGAGUUCUCUCCUUGACUUGGGGACCGUUUCCAGACAAAAUGGCCUUUAUUCUGAACUCGGGUUUAACUUCGACUGUGGUCUAACAAUUCUAAAAUUGUGGGAAGCCAAACAUGUCAGAAUUUGAUCACAUGGUAUGUUUCUUAUGUUUACUGUGCUCUUUCCUAAUUCUCUGAUGGUGAAGACAAUUAUAUAUACAUGUAUGUUAUUUAUCCUUCCAGACAAUUAAGAAUGAUUUGAGAGUCAAAUGAGCUGAUAAUAUUAACAUCUACUUUUAGAGAUUUAUGUCACAGUUGGCCAUCCAUAGUAAAACCACAACUUAAAGGUCAAGCCCACCCCAGAAAAAUGUUGAUUUGAAUAAAUAGAGAAAAUCAAACUAGCAGAACGCUGAAAAUUUCAUCAAAAUCAGAUGUAGAAUAAGAAAGUUAUGGCAUUUCAAACUUUCCCGUAUUUUUCACAAAACAGUGAUAUGCACAACUCAGUGACAUGCAAAUGAGACAGUCGAUGAUGUCCAUCACUCACUAUUUCUUUUGUUUUUUAUUGUUUGAAUUAUACAAUAUUUCAUUUUUACAGAUUUGACAGUAAGGACCAACUUGACUGAACCAUCUAGUAUUAAACAAUGCUGAUUUCACAUGUUCAGGGAGAAAUUAAUCAUUGUUUCACUUGACAAUGAGGGGAAAAUCCAUAUUUCAUAGAAUGAAAUACGAAAGAAAUAGUGAGUGGAUGAUGUCAUCAGUCUCCUCAUUUGCAUACAGACCAGGAUGUGCAUAUAACUGUUUUGUGAAAUUAAGCGAAACUUUAAAAUGUCAUAACUUUCUUAUUUUACAUCCGAUUUUGAUGAAAUUUUCAGUGUUAUGCUUGUUGGAUUUUUCUCUUUUUAUUCAAAUCAACUUUAUGUUUGGGUGGACUUGUCUUUUAAGACCAGACUUUAAAUUAAACUCGACUUCAGAAUACAUGCCUAUGAGGUUGCCAUCACUGCCAUAUUUCUGAAACAACAUUUUCUGAGCUGUCCUCAAAUUUUUUUAUUGGGAUACAAGAAUUCAACACUCCAGCGUAGAUAUUAAAAUUCUGGAUGACAAAGUAUGAUAUUUUCGGCUCCCCUUCGAUGAAAUCAAGUUGAGUCAAUAUGUCUUAUAUUUAUCUGCAUUUUUUUCCUGUUAAGUUCCAAAUUUCAAAUGAGUGAGUAUUGGAACACAUUGUCUAUUAAUACCAAAGCUCUUUGUUCGAGGUACAAGGUCCUUCUUUUUCUGCUAGAUGUGGGGUUAUGAGAGGAUUGGUGUGUAUAAUGAUAUUUAAGUGCAGUUGAAAUGUAUGUUGUACCAUAAGUGUCUUAAUAAUAUUCUGUAUUGGUUGUACACACCAAUGUCAUUGGUUAUUUAGAAUUGUCAGACAGAUUUUUUCAUUCCAGUAGAAGAUUUGAUACAACGAUUUUUGUUUCAUACUGCAUUUGAUAAUGAUGUCUUUUGUAUUCUCUCUAAUUAAAAGGUGGGUAUCAUUAUUAUAUUUUACUAAGUACAUGUACAUCAAUAUCACCUAGUAACAGCCCCUUUAAGUCAUCCGUAUUUAUAUUUGACAUUUAUUUGAAAAAUUUGUAGAUGUUACACUAUCCUCCAUUAAAAAUAAUAAAAAUAAAUAAUAAUGGUUACAUUUAUAUAAUGCUUAAUAUUCUUUAUCUAAGGGCUUUACAUUGUAAUUAUUAUUGCCCGGGUCAUUGGAUCCUUGCAUGCCUGCACACAAAGUAUGCACAUUGUUCACUCCCUGGGGAGCAUUCCAACAAGAGUUCCAAGACUCAAUUGCUAGGCAUACUACAUAGGCUUUCUCAUCCUACCGGGUACUCAUUUAACACCUGGGUGGAGAGUGGCAUAGUGUGGAUUGACGCCUUGCCAAAGGAUGCUAGGCCAUGGUGGGAUUCGAACACACUGCCCUCUGAUUACAAGGCAAGAGUCCGAACUGCUACAUCAUGACGCUUCCAAUCGAAUCAGUUUAAUUUAUUGAGAUCUAGAAAAUUACAGGAAAAUUUGGCCUGAUUGAUAUACAUGUAGCACAAAGUUAUAUGAUGUAUACUGAUGAUGCAAAUGAUAUGGAGAAUACUACUAACAAAGAGCAAAUUUUCCUGUAGGCUCAUGGAAAUUGCUGGUCAUGUGAUAGAUUUCAGCCAAUCAGGAUCCUUAUCCCCAUUGUAUAUUUAGGAUAUAUGAUUAAAAUUGAUGCUCUGUAUAUGUUGUUACUUAGGGCAAUACACAGAAGUAAUUUAACAAGCUAUUUAUCAUAUGUUGCAUAGAUUGAGGCUAUAUUAUAUCUGCAUUGUACCCUUUAUAUUGUGAUUUGUUAACUGCCAUAGGAUGAGUCAUCAUUUAUAUUAAAUCAUGAGGCAAAAUUCAGAGAAUAAUAGUCUUAUUGCAAGUAUGUCCUGUAAAAAUAUACAAAGGACGAGAAUGUGAAAAUAUGUAUUAUUUUUGUUGGAUGAAUUUUGUGACUCUUCCUUUGUAAAGUAUGCAUCUGGCCAAGAGAAUGAUGGAAGUUAUUUUCGAUUUGUUUGUACAUAUUAGCCAUUAAUUUGAAUCAAAAUAUGAUAUCUGAUUUUAAUUUCAUUUUCAAAUGAGUUUGUAGGGAGAAGUUCAAUCGAUAAGAAUUUAUUAAAAUUGUUAUCUAGAAAAUAAUCUUAAUUUGGUUUUGUACAUGUACAUGUAAAAACUGCUUCCCCUAUUUUUUUUACAAAUAGAGAAGGAAUGCAUAUUAAAUAUUUGUUCAAAUUAACAACUGCCGUGAUAUCAUAAGGAAAGUAAAAACUUCUUUUCAGCAAAAAAAAAUAUUUUAGCUUGCUUUUAUGAAUAUGCACCAUGUAAAGCAGUACUUGUCAUUAAGUUAUUAGUAUAUACAUUACAUACGUGCAUUUAUUUCCCAUAUCUCAAUUUGUUAGCAUAAAAUUUCUGGUACAUGUAUGUAGUUUAUCUAGACCAAAAAUGCUCUAAAAUGAAGAAAUGUGGACUGAAACCAGAGUAUGCUGAAAAUCCCUUACACAGAUAAGCACAUGUGGGCACAUGUAUUAUUUACUGCUUGGACAAAGACCUGUUAGCCUGACGGAAUGCCAAGCUUGCUUUGCUUAUAACUCACCAAUUACUAAUUUUUUACUGAGAAAACCUUUGCACGAUUUUUGUUUCAAUUAUAGAGAUACAAAAAUAUGGCAUUUAAUGAUCCUUACCACAAAUGGAAGUUAAGUUUAAAGAGGUUGAAUUGGAAACUAUUGGUGGUUUUGGCUAGUUAAGAAUAAAUUACAGAUGUAAUUCUGGUACAGACAUUGUUCAUAGGUUGACAGAUGUAACUCUGUGAUGAGCCAUUUCAAGAUUUUAGUGCCUAAACAAUCAGCAAUGCCAACAGAUUGUGAUAUAAACCAUAAAGCCCUAACUCGGUUCAACUUGCUUAUGCCCUUUAUGCAUUGACAUCAUCGUGCUGCCAUCUUGAAGGUUGAAGCCAUUGCCUUGUAAUCUGCGUAUCGUGCUGAUUAAACCUCGUAUCUCAAAAUAUUUUGAUGAUAGCUCAGAAUAAGCUAGAUUUUAGAGUUAUAACAUGGGCAGCAGCAACCUUCUUAUGCCUCAAAAGAGUUCUUCACAGGUAUAAGGAGACUGUUUUCAGACAUGAGACUGCUAUCAUUGUUAUAUUUUUAAAAUACUGCCUGUUCUAAGCUGCCCCCAAGUUUUCUUUAAUUUUGAGAUACGAGGUUUUAUCAGCCUAGCAAUGAUACAUGUAUGAUGCCUAAAGAGUAUGUAUGAACCUAUUUUUUGCUGCAUUAUGUAUACAAUUUAUUUGUAUCUCUUAUUAAGCAUGAUCCAUUUCAUAUUUAGCUUUGAUAAGAAUGAUUUCUGUGUAUGAGAUAGCUUUCAACCAAGAGCCUCCUAGGACAUUUAGAUUAAUACUUCUCAGUUUUUAUGCUAUAGAGAUUGUCAGAGAAUUUCAGAUCCCACUUAAAAUGCAUGUCGAAUCGAUGACACAUUUUAUCUUGCGACAUUUGGUCAGGUCUUAGUAUCUCAGAGUGCAUAGGGUAAGGUUAGGAUUGUAAUUAUAGAGUUUUUGGUUCAGAAUUAGGGUUUAUUUAGUUUUGGAGGUUGGGUUUUAUAUUUGGCUUAACGUGCAGAUUUUCCAUCGGAGCAAUUGUCGCUGGAGCGAAUGUCAUGUAACCGUCUAAUCACCCAUGUCUAGGAAAAGAAACUAACUUAAUUUCUGAGAUUGUUUACAACUGUCAAUCAUAGAGAAUGGAAACUUCACACAUCAGCUGAAUUCACAAAGAUUGUUUUGAAUACAUUGUUUCAAAUCAAGUUUAUGCAGAUUAUAUUCUAAAUUAUGCUAUGACAAGGUGUCUAAUAAUGAAUGCAUGCUUUUGCCACAUGGAGGAUAAAUUGAUGCUUGUUACUAAAAAGGUAACAUUUAAUAGUGAGUCUACAGUUUGUUUCGAUUUAUUUAAGUAAAAGUGGACUCGUGCAUGUACAUUAACCCUAGGGAUAAUCCUGUUAAUUUGAUAGCUCCAUGUCAAAAGCAUGCAUCCAUUACAAGAUGUGUUCUCAAUAGCGUGCUGGAUGAAGGGUACUCAAUGCAAUAUAAUCUGCAUAACCCAUGGCUUGAAACCAAGAAUUGAAAACCACCUUUGUGAAUUCUGGCUAUUAAGAUUGUCAAGUGUUCCUAUGCCUGAUACAUGCUGAAUUAGCUAGUCAUAUUUUUUUACUAUUUCCUGUAUAAUGAUAUCAUAGUCGAUGGUUCAUUUGACCUGUCAGAAAUGUUAUAUUUAAAUAUCUGGUAAAUAUACAUACAUUGAGCAGAAUGAUAUGGUAUGGAUAUAAAAUCAACUUUGAUUUAUUAUUUUCCAUUUGAUUUAUCCGAAUAAAGCAUCAAUGUUUUGUAA